CUGUCCGACGAAUUUCCUUGCUGCGACUACCUGAACGAUCCAAUCCAGGAUUGGAUGCUCUCACCACCGCCAAGUCCUCCCGCAGUAGUUGAAGAGAGCGAAUCAGACAUUGACAUUGAAUCAACAUCCGACUACGGUACUGACGACGGUGCUGAUGCUUUCGAGCCUUAUCGCAUCGCAACAGACCUAUUGGAAGACGAUGCUCAAGUCAAACUCGACUCGUACGAUGACAGUAUAUCCAGCCCUUCGUCAGGUUACUUUUCCGAUUCAAAUACAUGUACAACUCACGAAGAAAUACGUAACGAUAAUACAACAUGGUCUUCCAAAAUAGCUGGAGAAGUGUGUGAUUUAGUAUCAAUGGAGGAAGAGAUUGUUGACGAUGCAUAUCUACGACAAGAAAAUAAGGUUUAUAUGACUAGAGAACUAUUAUAUGCGAUUAAGAAACAAUUGGAUGUUAAUAAUGCCGAACAUGCAUUGUUUUGGUGUAUAUGCACAAUAGCAUUCCAUUCACUUGCGAGAAUUAACGAAUUGGUUGUCGAUACUGAAUCAUCAUCACGCCAGCCGCUCAUCCUACGAUUAGAACACGUACAUGUACCCAAAUCGUGCUCCAUUAUUCCAUUCGUAUAUAUAAGCAUCCCAUACUCCAAGAAUGAAUAUUCACAAGCAAGACAUCUUCUCGUUCGUACUACUUACACCGACACAUGUCCGUAUACAGCAUUUAGUCACUACAUGUCAAAAUUCCGAGCAAAAGAUAAUUAUGCCACAGAUGCCGAAGCGUUAUUUUGUUUUGAAGAUGGUCAAAUUGCAACAAGAAAAUGGUUUACGCAUAUGCUGAAAUCAAAUUUGACACAUGGAGAUGCUCUGCGGUAUAGUUUUCGCGCGGGUGGUGUAAAAGAUAUGAUUGAUCAAGGAAGGACCAAGGCAGAAAUUAGGUCUAUGGGAAGAUGGAAUAAUGGAACUUUUGAAGACUAUGUGGACGGUCAUCCAUCAAUACUUGUCGCUUUUCUAUCGGCUGCUAUAAAGAAUGAAUACGAAUUCAGCAUACUCAUCAGAUUUGCCCAAAAAGCAUAUGGAUAA